AUGAUGUUCAAGCCUUCAUCGCCGUUAUUCUCGGGUCUUCUCUGGAAGAUCCCAUGGCGUAUCUCGCAGCCCCAGAAAGCCCGGCAGCGUAAGCGUCUCCGCGCCGUCGACAAGGUCGUCGACACCGUCAGCGCAGCCCUCGCCCGAAACGGCCAGUCAACGAAAGCCGUCGACCGGUGGUUCAAGGAGAUGCCGCGGGAGGAGGAGAUGCUGCCCCGCGACAAGUACACAAUCUUCGACAAGAAGGAGAAGACAUACCGCAAGGGUAUUCACAGUGAGUAG